CGUUAUCUUUUUCCGAUGACUUUACGUCUACACUGCACAUAUUGAUUUAGCAAAACGAGAAAACUGCACAAUUUUUUUUAUGGGUUUCCUAAAUGUUCCACGUCGUAUAUCAUGAAAUCGGGAGACUGCUAUGUACUACGAUACGACCAUGAAACUAGGAAUUCCAUGCAGAUAACGCUUUUAUAUAUACUUCCCACCGUCAUUUGUGAUGCAGAUAAGAAAACUCUAUCCUGUAUAGUCAACAGAAGAGUUGGACUUUCCACGAAAUACUUUUUCCAAAGGAAUCGAGAGAUGGAAGAAAGGUUAUUGUGCCUUUAUUCCCUGGUGAUGAUCAACUGCUGAGUCAUGCUGUGGCAGCAUAAAGUUGUUAUAAUACGCUGCAAUAAUCCCGAGAUGUGAUACCUUAACCUCCCUCACAGCAGCAGCAACACAUCAAAUAUCUUUCCUUGACAAGUUUGCAGCAGAGGGAAAAAGAAGACCCUUCAGGAUCGAGUAUGUGGAAGCAAUCUGAAAAACAUGUCAUUGGAGAUCCAGUCGUCUCCGAUACAUGUGCCCUUUCAUAUCCCAUCCAGAGAUUUUCAAGGUCAUAUUUUACCGCACCUAAAUGUUCUUUUGGGUAUCAGAGAAAAGGUUCAGUGCUUCAGAGGAUGAACAAGCUUGGAAAGAAGGCCGAUGUUUUUGCAAACAACCUCCGAGAGCAUGUGAAACUGAGUCCGAAGAUAUCAGAGACGGUGAAGGGAAAGCUAAGCUUGGGAGCCCGAGUUCUUCAAAUGGGCGGGAUUGAGAAAGUUUUCAUAACUCUGUUUAAUGUCAGCGAAAAAGAGAGACUCAUCAAAGCUUCACAAUGCUACUUAUCGACCACAGUAGGUCCCAUAGCAGGCAUCCUCUUCAUCUCAACCCAAAACAUUGCGUUCUGCAGUGAAAGAUCCUUAAAGCUGUCUUGUCCUAAUGGUGAAUCCAUACGGUUCCAUUACAAGGUGCUGAUCCCACUCACGAAAAUAGAAAGAGCCAAUGAAAGUGAGAAUAUGAAGAGACCAUCGCAGAAGUAUAUGCGGAUUCUUACUGUAGAUAAUUUCGAUUUCUGGUUCAUGGGUUUCUUAAAUCAUCAGAAGACCUGGACUUAUCUUCAGCAGGCCAUCUCUCGAGCCUAGAAGGAGCGGAACGAGUACCCCAAGUCUAGGAUAACUGCACAAAACAGAAAUUUUCUCAUUUCUUUUCCUUCUUAGCUCUCAGCUGACCAAUAUAUAUAAUGUAAUCAGAUUUAUGGAAGAGGUCUACCGAGAACCCAAAACAUCUGUUAAUACUUUUAAAAAGAUAGUUUGUGAAUGAAAAAUCAAAUGCCUAUAAAUUCCACUGCACUUUCUCUU